UCUAAAAUGGUUCUUGGGGCUGUUUUUACUUCCUGGAAUUUUUUUUGCUAAUCACCUUCUUGAAACUUGAAGAUAACUUUGUCUGAUUAUUUUUAAUUGUGGUAUUACAAAGGAAACAUAGACGACUAUGGAAUGUAGUACUUCUGUAGUCAAUUAUCUUUCAUUGUCUUGUUGCCUCUUUACCUGUUAUGGCUGAAAUUAUUCUGACAGUUUAAGAGAACAAUAUUGCACUUGUAGGCGCAUUUCAUACAGUGACCUUUUUUCUUAGUAUAUUGAAAAAUAAUGUUCCUCCUGCCCCUUAUACGAUUUCCCUUGGGGCCAAAACUUAACAAACACCCCCCCACCCCACUCCCCAAAAAAAAAGAAAAAAAAAAAAAGGAAAAAAAGAGGGGCAUUAUAAUUGUAUUAGAUAACUAUUUAUUGAUGUUUCACAUAUUGCUGAUGUCACUUAGGAUGGCAUUUUGAACGUUGCUGGCAAUAUCUUACCUUGAUCCUAUGGAAGGAGACAAGAUAUGCUUAAAACAUUCAUGAUACUAAGUUACAUAAUUAAAAAAAAACAUAGUAUCUCAUUUAAAGGUCCAUUAUGACAAGUGGAUGUAUAUUUUUUCUCUACUUAGCAUUUGGUUUAGGGAGUCUAAUAUUAUGGCUUCGGAAUUCAGAUUCUUGGUAACAUGAUGCAUGAGAACCUAGAUCCCCUAGAAUAUAACUAUGCUCACGUUUGGUUUAAUUAGAAUUUCGGGAAUGUGAGAGUCUAUGUUUGGUUUGUUCUUAGGAUUCCAUAGGAAUUAUUUGUUCUUCCCAAAAUAUCCGUAGGAUUAUUGUUAUGAUUCUAGUGUCCCACAUGGCUUAAGUAUAAACUUAAUCAUGGGUAUAUAAGCUCUUGGGCACCCUCCCCUUUUAAGCUUGUUUUCAAGGGUGAGUUCUACUUAUGGAUUUGUAUUAUUUGGUAUCAAAGCCAACUAAUAUGUCGAGUAAUCAAACGUAGCUUGUUGAGUAUAAGAUCAAAUGAGUUGUGGCUUUGUGGUUGGAUCGCGGAGGGGAUGACCUAGAGGCUAGAUUAAAAUGUCUUACUAAGUCAUUGAAUAAUUGAUAGGUGAAUGGAGCCACCAUGUGACUUAAGUGUAAGCUUAACCAUGUGUAUAUAAGCUCUUGAGCACUUUCUCCUUGCAAGCCGGUUUUCAAGGGUGAGUUCUACUUAUGGGUUUGUAUCAAUUGUGAACACCAUGUCUAUUGCAAAUAACUAAUAAGAAAAAUAUUGUGAGUUGUGAAUUAAUUCAAUCUCUUAAAAUAAUAGCCCAACUUUCCAAAUAACACAUACCAAGAAAAAAAAAAUACAAGAAGAUAAUAAUUAUUGUAAAAAGUUUACUCCAACCCACUACAUGGAGGAUGAAGCCCUCCACUUGUACUUUUAGUCACAUGACCUAACCAUAAGCACACAAUUAAGGAGAUAGAUGUUUGAUUAGGGAAAAAAAAAACUUUUCUACUUUUGUUAGUCAAAGGUCAUUAAAUUGCAAGUAUAAUUGUCACUUAAAAAUAAAAAAUAGAACUUUUGCAAGCCAUGAGAAUGUGGAAACUUUUUAAUAAGGGAAUCUACAUUCCCACCAAAGUGAGGUUUGAUGGGAAUUGAGAUGCCCAUAAGUAUUUGGAUUCCUUUGAGCUAUUUGCAAUCAAACAUGGGAAUAUUUGGGAAUCUUGAGAGAAUUUCUGGGAAUCCUAAAAUAUCAUCCCAAAUCAAAUGAGUAGUUAGUGUGAUGUUCAUCAUGAAUGGGGUACAUGGAGGUGCUAAAUGUGUUUUUUGUUUGCACAUGAGAGUGGUAAUGGUGAUGGGGGAUGUUAAUGUGCUUUGUUUUUGUGUCCUACUGCUUCUUUCUGUGCUUUUUAUGCUUCUUUAGUUGAUUUCUUUUUCAAUAUGGGUGGCUCUUUAUUUUUCUUCGUUGAGUCAAAAUCUUUUGAAUUCUCUGUUGAAGAAGGGGGUUCUUUUUUCUUAUUGCGUAUCUUUGAGAGAAGCAGAGACUCUCUCCGAUCAGUGUUCUUGGGCAAAGAGAGUGCUAAGAGACUGCUAUCUUUAAUGGAGAAUUUUAUUUACUCUGAAUCCCCUGGUCACUUUGCUCGUACUGUUAGAGAGGGAGAGACGGUGUUUAUUCUUCAAUCAGGCUCCAAUGCUCAUGGUUCUUUUCUUAUGAUUUCUAAACUUGUACUUGGUAGUCGGAAAGGUUUCUUGGUAAUCCCGGAAGGAAGAAUGGGCAAUGGUUGGAAAGGUUUUGCUGGGCAUUUGAAGAAGGUUUUAGCUCCGGGGGUUACUGCUUUUAAUCUGCCCAUUAAACUCCCUGGGUCUGAGCUUCAAGCCUCCAAAUCCUUUGCAGCAGCGGUGGUUCAAGGCUGUCGGAGUGAACCCAAAGCCCACAGGUUGGCAGAGGUGGAGCUUCCUCAGACCCAGGAUUCUCUUGGCAAAGUAAAUCCUAGGCAUUUAAUGUUGGACUCUCGAAAUCCUAAAUUAGCAACUCUGGGUACUCAGACCCAGGAUUCUCGUGAGAGCUCCCUUGGGAAGGAGAAAAUUUUGUUCAGGACGAAGCUCCCUCCUGUCUCCUCUGAUGGGACUGAAGGUGAGGUGCACUUAGAUAUUUCUUUUAGAUUGUUUCGUGGGCCUCUUGGUUUGUGGGAGAUCAGUUGCUCCAAUGUCACUGAGGUGGACUCUCCACUUACCCAUUCCUCUAACCCAAAACCCUCUGAUCCCUUUAAGCCCAAUCUCCCUUCAGUUGGCCGAAACUCAAAAGCCUCAAACCCAAAGCCCUUCUCAAGCCCAAAGCCAAAACCCUCUGAUCCCUUUAAGCCCAAACCUCCUUCUGUUGGCCGAUUCUCAGAAGCCUCUAAACUUAAGCCUAUCACAAGCCCAAAACCAAAGCCCUUCUCAAACCCAAAGCCCAUCUCUAACCCUAAGCCUUUCUCAAACACAAAGCCCACUCCUAAUCCUAAACCCAAAGCCCUUCCAGCCACUAACCCAUUACCCAAAAUUAAUCCCUCCCAUAUUUGGAAGCCCAAACCCCACCGGACCUCUCUGUCUCAUAUCCAGUCUCUUCCCACUCUCCCUUUCUCUCCGUCAACUUCUUUCUCAAGUAGCGUGGUCUCCGACGCAGUGCUGCCUCUGACCCACAGGGUUCCGACAGGCUCCGACGAGCUUCUCUCUGUCCUGGACAGCUCCGACGCCUCCGUCUCUGAGUCUUUGGCCUCCGAUGGUUCUUCAACUGAUUCCGGGUGUUCCGAUGAUGAUAUGGAUUUGCAUCGCAACAUCCAACAGAGCAUUCAGCAGCACUCAGAUGAUGUCUUCAGGAAAUGGGGAAAUUCCGACCAGUGGGUUCUCGAAUUACGAGAUGGGAAGAGGGUGGCAGUUCCGAUUCAUAUUUCUUUGCCUCCGGGAGAUGAUUUUGUCAGAGUGGACAAUUCAAACCAUUUAGCGAUAGUUCCGGCGAAGGAUUCGGAUUCUAAGGAGCUUUAUUCUGAGUCGGAAAAAGGGAUUGAUGUUGUUGUGGAGGAUUGGUCUUCAGAUUUUUCUUCCGAGAAUGCCUCUCAAUUCAAUGAUUCUUCGCCUCCCCUCAAUGUCGAUCCUCUGGCUUUCUCUUUACCUUUGGCUGCCACGGAUGUUUCUGAUCAGCCAGCAACUCUGGUAGUAGAGAAUGUGCUGGGUAAAGGCAGUUACUCGGAAUGGUUUCAGGAUAAAUUCCGUGGUUUUGAUGAUUUCCUUGGGACUUCCCUUAAAGGAUUAGAAGAGCCAGUAACCAAAUUCUUGUUGGCUGUUGAAUCUGAGAUACAGCAGAGGGACUUUAAGGAUAAAACUGACAAAGCCGAGAAGAGCUCAGGGAGGAAAGGAAUAAGAGAAUUAAGGGGCUUAUUCAGCUCUGUCAAUUAUGGUUCUGCGUCUACUAGACGCUCUAGUGUUGGUAAGGACAGGGCUCUCUUUGUUUCCCAAUGAAUCUGAAGAUUAUAUCCUGGAAUGUUAGAGGUUUGAAUGACAAAGAUAAACGGCUCAAGAUUCGCAAUUUUUUACGCUCUUGGAGGGCUGAUAUUGUUUGUUUGCAAGAGACAAAACUGGAAUGGGUUACUAGAGGCCUAGUU